AUGAAGAUUUAUCUUUGUUGCGUCGUCAUUUUAACUAUUUCAACGGUUUUGGCUCAAAAUGAGACAACGCCGGCGGAGAAGAAGAAGAUUUCCAUGCCUCAAUUGGCUCCGCCGCUUGAGGUAAAUCUUUAGAAGCUUGAAUCUCGAGAACCAACGCCCACAUCAAAAAGUUGUCAACUGCAAGCUUGUUGCAAUUUUUGUGCUCUACAACUUUGUAGUUGAUCGUUUCGCUCAAAAAUAGCUCAUUCUCCACGUAUGACCAUCUUUUUCAGCUGGACCCCUCGUGCCGAGUCGUCAGUUGCUACCGAAACAUGCUGAACAUGUCGAACGAGUGCGAGAAGGGAGAAUUCCUUCACAGCUUCAAAAAGUGCGAGAAAAAGUUCUUCCGCGAGGAUACUUGCUGCAAAAAAAAGACGGCAAACUGA